CUCCCCUCCCCUGCACUCUCUCCCCCGCAAUCUCUCUCUAUGCAUUUCUUACUUCUCUCUUCUAUAUCCCCGCUCCCCCAAUCUCUCUCUGCUAUUAUCUCCCUCGUGCCCUGUCGUUUCCGCUAUCAUGUCCUCUAGUCAUUUUUCACCUUCACUCAUCGCUAUUAACAUUGCAAUUGCCGUCAUCGGUCACGCAAACCCCGCCCCAUCUCUCUCAUCGCAUCUGCCUACAAUAAUCAUACGGUGCAACUGUUUCUACCACUGCUCGCUUGAGUGUUCGUGUUUUGGUUUUCGUUGAUAUCGUCUAAGGUGUUCAUCUUUAGACUCAUGCCUCAUGCCGUCUUGCAUCAUGAUUGUAUUGAAAAAUUUACGCCUUGUUUGUUUUGAAUAAGAUUGAUAGUUUGAUUUUAAAAUUGAAAUUGACUCCUAAGUUGACUCUUAUGGGAGUCUUUAUUUUAUCUUUAUUAGGUUGCAUGGGAUUGUUUACGAGAUUAACUUGGAAAUGAGUAUUAUUAUAUUAUUUUGUUGUUGUUAUUUUUGUGAUAUUAAUAUUGGCCCGGAUAGGAUUAUUUUCACCAUUUGCAACACUUGUAAUUUAUUAUGCAAUUAAAUAUAAUUUUCAACCUAUUCUUUUGCAUAUAUGGUUGCUAGCAGUUGAGAUAUGAUUGCAAAUACGAUCUUCUAUAUAUUCGCAAACUUUUUGAAAAAUGAUAUUUUCAUAAUUUUUAAAAAAAAUUAUGUAUAUAUUUUUAGAUUUAGAUAUUUAUGAAAAAAUCCCAAACAUAUGUUAUCACAUGUUAGAUUUAAAAAACAAUAUUAUUGAAUUAUGCUUAGAUGAAUAUUUAGAUGGCGCAAAUAAUAAUUGCCGUGAUAUUUGAGUGGAAACGAUGAAUGUGUCAGUCGGGAAAAGAAAAGAAAAAGUGAGGAGAAAAGUCAGUGUGGAUUCCAUUUGGGCGGCCUUGUCUUUCUAUGUUUCCACCUUUGUUCAUUGUCAUCCAGGCUCCAUUGUAGAUCAUACAUCAGAAUUCCCCAAUCUCAUCAUCACAUUCAUUUUGCUUCAAGAUCGAUCGCUGCUUUUCUCUGUGUUUAUGACUUUUUUUCUUUAUCUUCAUGGCUGAAACUCGCCGCUUUGGACUUGCUCCUCAAUUAGAUAUUGAGCAAAUACUCUUGGAAGCUCAAAAUCGAUGGCUACGGCCUGCUGAAAUAUGUGAAAUACUUAGAAAUUAUAACAAGUUUCGAAUUUCUCCUGAGCCAGCGCAUAGGCCUCCAAAUGGUUCACUAUUUCUUUUUGACCGUAAAGUUUUAAGGUAUUUUAGAAAAGAUGGACAUAAUUGGAGGAAAAAAAGGGAUGGAAAGACAAUUAAGGAAGCUCAUGAAAGACUCAAGGCUGGAAGUGUUGAUGUUUUGCAUUGUUACUAUGCUCAUGGAGAAAAUAAUGAAAAUUUUCAAAGGCGCAGCUACUGGUUGCUUGAAGAGGAGCUCUCCAACAUAGUUCUUGUCCACUACCGGGAAGUAAAGGGGAACAGGACACACUACAAUCGUACCAGGGGAACUGAAGGAGUUAUUCCCAACUCUCUAGAAGAAGAAAUUUUGCCUGAUACUGAAGUUGACAGCUCUCUAUCUUCCAAGUUUCAGCAAUAUGGUUAUAAUGUGCCCUCACAAACUACUGACACAACAAGCCUGAACAGCACUCAAACCUCAGAAUAUGCAGAUGCUGAGUCAGCAUAUAGUUACCGAUCAGGUUCUGGGCUCCAAUCCUUUCACAAGUUGCAGCAGUCUGACGCAGAAAAGAUGGAUGAUGCACUUUCUGUGCCUUAUUAUUCAGCUCUUUCAAAUGAUUACCAAGGAAGCAUUCAAGCCACUUCACACAUUCAACCCAUACAUCCGUCUAGAGAAUCUGCCCUGAAUAUUGUAACGGGAUGGGGAAAUGAAAAUUCUGCCCAAGAUUGCGGAGAUGCUUUUGGCAAAAUUGAGGAGUUUGGAAAUCAUUUACGUGGCCAAGGAGGGUGGCAGUCUUUUGAAGGUGAAUCUUUGCACCUGCCGAAGUGGUCCAUGGAACAGAAUUUGCAACAGUACCCAAAUUACAAUCAGAAUGCUAUGCUUUAUGAAGGGAACAUUGACUCUUUUGACUUGUUUAAUUACACGGAGUCACAACAUGGUGAGCAGAAUGGACAGUUUGCAGCUGCAGAAGUUGGAAGCUUCAUGAAAACAGAGGUGGAGAACAGUGCGACAGUAGAUGCGAAAGCCAAUCAUUUAGCCUUGAAGCAGCCAUUGGAUGGCCUUAAAAAUCUUGAUAGCUUUGGUCGAUGGAUGAGCAAGGAACUCGGAGAUGUUAAUGAGGCACAAAUUCAAUCUAGCUCUGGGGCUUACUGGGAGGCAGUUGGAAGUGAAGUCGCAGUUGUCGAUUCUAACAUUUCCUCUCAACUGGAGUUCGAAACCUACACAAUGAGCCCCUCUCUUUCCCAAGACCAGCUAUUUAGCAUUAUUGACUUCUCACCAAACUGUGCUUAUUCUGGGACUGAAGUUAAGGUGGUAAUAACUGGAAGGUUCUUAAAGAGUCAUCAAGACGUUGUGAACUGUAAGUGGGCGUGCAUGUUCGGGGAAGCUGAAGUUCCAGCAGAGGUUGUAGCAGAUGGCGUUCUUCAUUGCCAUACACCCCAUCACGAUUCUGGAAGAGUUCCUUUCUAUGUAACAUGUGCCAAUAGGCUGGCUUGCAGUGAAAUACGCGAAUUUGAAUUUAAGGUUUAUAAUCUCAGAGAUGUGGAUGCCGCUGAUUUAAGUAGUGAUAGUUCAAGUGAGGCUCUUCUUCAUAUGCGAUUUACAAAUCUGCUAUCCAUAAGAUGUGCUUACCAUAAUUCAGUUCCGGGUAUCAUGGAUGAUAAUUUGAACUUCAGCAGUAACCUUAACUCAUUAAUAAAGGAUGAGAAUGAGUGGCAACAAAUAUUUAUGCUUACAAGUACAGACGAAUUCUCCUCUGAAACAUUAGCCAACCAAUUUCCAGAGAAAUUACUCAAGGAGAAGUUGCAUGCAUGGCUCCGCGAAAAAGUAGCCGAAGGAGGAAAAGGCCCAAGUGUAGUGGAUGAGGGUGGCCAAGGGGUGCUACACUUUGCAGCUGCUCUUGGUUAUGAUUGGGCUAUAACUCCCACCGUAGCUGCAGGUGUCAAUAUCAAUUUCCGAGAUGUGAAUGGCUGGACUGCACUCCACUGGGCAGCAUAUUUUGGCAGGGAGCAUACAGUGCCUUUCCUCAUCUCUCAAGGGGCAGCUCCUGGAGCAUUAACGGAUCCUUCACCUAAAUAUCCGAGAGGCAGAGAUCCAGCAGAACUUGCUUCUGCCAAUGGGCACAAGGGAAUUGCAGGAUAUAUUGCCGAAUGUGCAUUAAGUUCCCAUCUUUCAUCACUCAACUUAAAGGAUGCAAAUAACUGUGAUGCUGGAGGUGUUCCGAGUCUAAAUGAUGUGCAGGCAGUUGCAGAGAGGACCCCAACCCCAAUCAGUGAUGGGGACUUUCAACAGGGACUUUCCUUGAAGGAUUCGCUAGCUGCUGUCUGUCAUGCUACUCAAGCCGCUGCUCGCAUUCAUCAAGUUUACAGGAUACAGUCAUUCCAGAAGAAGCAGCUAAAAGAAUAUGAUGAUAGUCAGUUCGGAAUGUCAGACGAGCAUGCUCUUUCUCUUCUUGCUGUCAAGUCAAGCAGAGCGGGUCAGCAUGAUGAGCCGGUCCAUGCCGCUGCAACCAGAAUACAGAAUAAGUUCCGUAGUUACAAAGGCAGAAAGGAUUUCUUGAUAUUUCGGCAAAGAGUAGUCAAAAUUCAGGCUCAUGUAAGAGGACACCAAGUGAGGAAGAACUAUAAAAAGAUCAUCUGGUCUGUGGGAAUCCUGGACAAGGUGAUUUUACGCUGGAAAAGGAAAGGAAGAGGUUUGAGUAGUUUCAAGACAGAGACACGUCUUGAGGGCCCCAGCACGCAAGGCACAUCUUCUAAAGAAGACGAUUAUGAUUUCUUGAAAGAAGGCAGAAAGCAGACAGAGGAGAGGUUGCAAAAGGCCCUUGCUAGGGUAAAGUCAAUGGUUCAGUAUCCUGAGGCAAGAGAUCAGUAUCGUAGGUUGCUUAAUGUUGUUUCUGAGAUGAAGGAAACAAAGGCAACAGAUGAUAUGGCAAUGAACAACUCAGAUGAAGCAGCAGUAACAGCAGACUAUUUUGACGAUGAUCUUCUUGAUCUUGAAGCAUUACUGGGCGAUGACACCUUCAUGUUUGCAGAAGCCUGAUUUGAUCAGUCUUAGUUUGCAUUUCUUGUAAAACUUAGAUCUCUCAAAUUCAGUUCAAGGGAUUAGUAGGACUACACAUAUAUAUUAGACUACACUUAUAUUAGAAUUUACCUGUAAUCGUUUGUAAAUCCCAUCUACCUGAUUUAACCAUGUAUGUUUAAUGUUUUUCAGUAAUAGAAUUUAUUUGAAGA